AAAACGUCAACAAAGAUCGAUGAAAAAUUAUGGAGAGUGAGAGAUUAAAAAACGGUGUAGAAAACGUUGAUUUAUGCGCCCCUGUAGUGUAUAUUAGCAGAUCAGAGACGUUCAGUGCAUGCCAUAGACUUCAUAGCCCCUUGCUGUCAGAUGAAGAAAAUCGCAACAUAUUUGGGAAGUGUAACAAUGUUAAUGGUCAUGGGCACAAUUAUAAAGUUGAAGUGAUAUUAAAGGGUAAGGUUGACCCUGUAACAGGCAUGGUGUUAAAUCUAGUAGAUCUGAAGCAAUAUAUUAAUAAGGGGGUGAUGGAUGUGCUAGAUCACAAAAACAUUGAUAAAGACGUCCCUUACUUCAAGUCUAGAGUUAGUACAGCUGAAAAUAUUGCAGUUUUUAUAUGGAGCCAAUUGAAGAAACUGCUACCAGAAGGACUACUUUACGAAGUAAAACUCUACGAGACUGAAAAGAAUGGCUACUUACAUAUAUAUAUAUAUAUAUACAUAUAUACCGGUUAUAUUUUACCAAGUUUAUCAUAA